AUGGCCAGCUCGCCUGGCUGGCCCUGCUCAAACGCCUUCCCGAUCUCAGCCAAGAUGGCUGAGUGGAUCGCACCGGCGGGCUCCAGCGCGGCGGCGAUGGCGGCCUGGACUGCGUCGGCCAUGGCGACAGGCAGCGCCGGCGGAAUACUGGGAAAUGUCUCAGCCGAGGACGCCUGCGUGGAGUGCUAUGGGUUGCUGGGGACUGAUGCUGGAAACGCUGCGAGGACUGGCAGCGUUGGCAUGACUGCCCGAAUGAAUGAGCGGCACCUGAGCGUCACAGGGUUGCUAAUCGCCCGGCGGCGCGCUGGUGCGAAUCCUGAGGAAGAAGCUGGCGUCGCCGCGAAGAAGGUGCGGAAUGAGCGGCACCUGAGCGUCACAGGGUUGCUAAUCGGCACGGGGCGUGCGCCACGAAUCCUGAUGAGGAAGCUGGCGUCGGUAUGCUGCGGCGCGCAGACAUGCACAGGCGCGCAGAAAGCGUACGCAGAGGCGCGCGAAAGCGCGAUGGAGCGCGCUGGAACGCGCGGUGGCGCGCAGAAGCACGGACAGGCGAUGCGCGAGGCCGCGCAAACGGUCAAGCGGAGCCGAAGCCGGGGGCUGCGGCUCACGCGCCCGAGCGGCCUCACCUCCCGCUCGCCUCCGUCUUCCUCCUCUUCGCUGGCUGGCUGGUUGGUGGCUGGGAUGUGCGGUGGAGAGCGCUCCUCGCUGCGGAUGCUCCGAUCCGUGUUCAGCACGUCGCAGCAGCGGGGCGACGCCCCGCAGCAGAGAGAAUGUCCCGCAGGACGGGAGAGGCACUCCGCAGCGAGGCCGAGCUUCCCGCAGGACGGGAGGCAGCGCUGUGACAGGAAGAGCCCCCGCAGGACGGGAAGGCUUUCCGUCAUGGAGCGCGCGGUCUGCCCGCCGGAGGGGCUGCGCGCGCACGACGUCGGUCCGGUCGGGGAGGCGCUGGACGAGCUGGAGCGGCGCGUGCGGACCCGCGCUCGCGCGGCGGAGGCGGCCGCGCGAGCCGCGCGGGCGGCAGAGGAGGACGCGGCGGCCCGGGAGGCGCGCCUGCGCGCCCGGGGGCAGCAGCUCGCCGAGCGCCAGCGGGAGCUCGCGGAGCGGGCGGCCUGGCAGGCGCGGCGCGCCGAGGGGCUCGAGGAGCGCCGCCGGCUGCAGCUGUGGCGCCGCCAGGAAGCCCUGGCGAUGCAGGAGGAGGACCUGGCCGGCAGGCGCGCGCGGCUGGCCCUGGCGGCGGCCGCCUCCGCGGAGGGUGCGGGCGCGGCGUGGGCCGCGGCAGGUCCGGGCUGGGGCAGCUGCCGCGGUGGCCGCGACCUCUCCGAGUCCGAUCGGGCUUGCUGGCCGCCUCUGGCCUGAGGGCUUCUCCGAAGGGCUUAGGCGCCAGGGCCCAAGAUCGAGGCGUCGGAGGUCUGGGGAAGAAGGGACGCCGCCACAAAGUCCCGGAGGUCCGCGCGCAGCUCUCCGGCAGGCGCCGGAGAGAGCCCCUCGCCGCACCUGCCUCCCGGGCGCGUGGACCGCCCCCGGGGCGAUCUUGGAGGCGCCGCCAGGGGUCUCGGCAUCGCUCGGACGUGUGCACUUUUCCCUCGGCGAGGACCAUCGAGGAGCA